CUCCUGAGCAUCUCCUGCGCACCUUUUCACUCACGGAUCUUAAAAAGUCUGCACUCUACUUCAUCUUCUGCGUGCUUGUUUCCAGACAGAGAUUAAAACUUUUUUUUGUUGUUUGGGGGUAAAGAGGCUCGUUUUCUUUUUCUUUUUUUUAAAAAAAGAACAUUUUUUUAAGGAGAAAGACGCGAUUCCUGGAAGACUUUUCCUUCAUUUUUUCAUCUCCCCCCCAAACCAAGUCUUUCCAUCCCUCGAGAAGUUUUAAAAAAAAGUUAAAGCCCUUGUUAGUUCCAGGGCUCGGCUUCACUUUUUCCACGUGUCCCACGCUGUCCCCCGGCUUUUGACAUAAACGUGUCACCUUGAGAGAUUUUUUUUUGUUGUUGAAAGAAAAAGAGAAAAAAAACUUCAUUUUUAAAGUCACUGACCCACAAACGAGACCAAAAAUGAGAUUUCAAACAUCAGGACAGUCCCCAGCCUCGUGUGAUUGUUGUCCUCAGUGUUUAAAUCAUUAAAACAAAAGUCAGUUUUAAUGGUUAGAUUUUUUUUCCACUUUACACGCUGAGGUGUGACACAGACAGAGACGGGGAGCCUGGCAGCGCAGCUCACCUGUAGCAUCUCCUCCGCUCAGCCGACACUUUUGAUUUGCACUUUUUUUUUUGUUUUACGCACAAAAACGCCACUUUUGUGACCAUUUGAAGAGGAGAGAGAUCCAGUGUGUCUGAAAGCAAAGCUCCCCUCACAGAGUUCAUUCAUUCUGACAAACACAACCGCCUGUUGUCACUUCCAGAGGGCUUUUGGAGUGCGUAAAGGAGCGCUGCGCUUUUACGCAAAAAAAGAAAAAAAAAAAACUUCCAAAAACUUGGAUCGAGAUUUUCCACCAAAGUCUAAAGAAGCUUCAGCGCAGCUUUUAUUUUUAUUUUUUUAUUUUUUUUGAGAGUCGUCCAGAGCUCCAGAGAGACCGCCGGGCUCUCCAUCAUCAUGCUGUUCGACAGUUUCGACCUCGUCUCGGCUCUGGCCACCCUGGCCGCCUGCCUGGUGUCCAUGGCGCUGCUCCUCGCCGUGUCCCAGCAGCUGUGGCAGCUCCGGUGGACGGCGACGCGGGAUAAAAACUGCAAGCUCCCCAUGCCCAAAGGAUCCAUGGGCUUCCCGUUCAUCGGCGAGACCUGCCACUGGCUCCUGCAGGGUUCGGGCUUCCACGCGUCGCGGAGGCAGAAGUACGGCAACGUGUUCAAGACCCACCUGCUGGGCCGGCCUCUGAUCCGGGUGACCGGCGCCGAGAACGUGCGGAAGGUGCUGAUGGGCGAGCACACGCUGGUGACGGUGGACUGGCCUCAGAGCACCGCCACGCUGCUCGGGCCCAACUCGCUGGCCAACAGCAUCGGAGACAUCCACCGCAAGAGAAGGAAGGUGUUUGCCAAAGUGUUCAGCCAUGAGGCCUUGGAGUCCUACCUCCCGAAAAUCCAGCAGGUCAUCCAGGAGAGCCUCCGGGUGUGGAGCUCCAACCCUGAGCCCAUCAACGUCUACAGGGAGAGCCAGCGGUUGUCGUUCACCAUGGCGGUGAGGGUGCUGCUGGGAUUCAGGGUGUCAGAGGAGGAGAUGAGGCAUCUGUUUUCAACCUUCCAGGACUUUGUUGACAACCUGUUCAGCCUACCUAUAGACCUGCCGUUCAGCGGCUACAGGAAGGGUAUCCGUGCACGAGACACACUUCAGAAAAGCAUAGAGAAGGCCAUCAGGGAGAAGCCGCUGUGUUCCCAGGGGAAGGAUUACAGCGACGCGCUGGACGUCCUGAUGGAAAGCGCCAAAGAGAACGGCACCGAGCUCACCAUGCAGGAACUGAAGGAGUCGACCAUCGAGCUGAUAUUUGCUGCCUUUGCCACAACAGCCAGCGCCAGCACCUCGCUCAUCAUGCAGCUUCUCCGCCAUCCUGCCGUCCUGGAGCGCCUGAGAGAGGAGCUGAGGGCCAGGGGUCUCCUCCACAAUGGCUGCCUGUGCCCUGAAGGAGAAUUGAGGCUGGACACCAUCGUGAGCCUCAAGUACCUGGACUGUGUCAUCAAGGAGGUGCUGAGACUCUAUACACCUGUCUCAGGGGCCUACCGAACCGCCAUGCAGACCUUUGAACUUGACGGAGUCCAGAUCCCAAAGGGAUGGAGUGUGAUGUACAGCAUUCGAGACACCCACGACACCUCAGCUGUCUUCAAAGAUGUGGAUGCCUUCGACCCUGACCGCUUCAGUCAAGAGCGAGGAGAGGACAAAGAGGGACGCUUCCACUAUCUCCCCUUCGGCGGUGGUGUCCGGUCCUGCCUGGGCAAGCAGCUCGCCACCCUCUUCCUUCGCAUCCUUGCAAUCGAGCUGGCCAGCACCAGCCGCUUUGAGCUGGCAACCCGGCAGUUCCCCCGCGUGGUCACGGUACCCGUGGUCCACCCUGUCGAUGGGCUGAAGGUCAAGUUCUACGGCUUGGACUCCAACCAGAAUGAGAUCAUGGCCAAGUCGGAAGAGCUGCUGGGAGCAACUGUUUGAAGGGCAGAUGAGUAAGGGGGGGUGAGUGAGGUCUUGAGGGAGAAGAUUGACGGAAGGAACGGAAGAAUUUCAGAGUUAUUUUUUCUUCUCUACCUUUUGCUCUGC